AUGAUACCAACCACAUCCUCCGAGAGCAACUUCUCCCAACCAUCCAGGAACAGUUUGGUGACGAACAAUGCCUUUUCCAGCAUGACGGAGCACCUGUCCAUAAGCCUCACCCAAUCACAAAUGCAUAACAAGGUUCUCGGGUCAGACGACGAUGCAUACAUCAAGCUUCCAUCUUUCUCAGCAUUACAUUCCUCUCUGGAAAACCACUCGGUUGUUAAUGUGCAGGUGUGUACGAUCGUCCUGCCACGCCCAGAUGCUCCUGUGCUCUCUGGUAUAACUGUAUCCUUGGAGGAAGGGGCUCAGGUGGGGACCUCUUUCAACACUACAGACCCCAACAUCACAGUCAUAUUCACCGUAGAGCCCAGUGUCAAUGUGUCCAUAGAACUGCUGCUGGGCCUGGGCUCCCCACCCAAUGACACCCACUAUAAACACCGCACCGUCCUGAGACACACAGAGGGUUAUCGCUGGCUGGUCACCCCUGAGAUGUUGGAAAAGGGAACAGGCACCUGGUAUGUGAAUGCCAGUCUGUUUAACUCAACCUGGAGCAAGGGACUGACACUACAGAUCACCACCUUCACUACUAAGUGCAUGUACUGGAACACUAAACAGCUGACAUGGAGCAUAGCUGGCUGCUGGGUGGGUAUACAGUCAACUCCCAGGAUGACACAUUGUCUGUGUAACCACCUGACAUCGUUUGGGAGCUCUUUCUUUGUGAUGCCCAACUACGUAGACGUGUCGCUCACAGCUCAGUACUUUGCCACAGUGAAUGAGAACUAUGUGGUGGUGGCGUUGCUCUCUGCCUUCUUUGGCCUGUACCUGGUCACUCUGCUCUGGGCCUGCUAUGCAGACAGGAGGGCCCUCACCAGGGUGACAGUCAAGUUGGUGGGUACACAGGGAGAGAGUGAGCCCCACCACCUAAGUGACCCUGAUAAACCAGUAUUUGAGAGAAGGGGUGUGGACUUGUUCCUGGUGACCACACCCUUUCCCCUGGGGGAGCUGACGGGCAUCCAGCUGUGCCAUGACAACUCUGGGGGGCACCCCUCCUGGUAUCUCAACAAGGUGACAAUCCAAGACCUGCAGAGACAGAAGGUUUGGCAUUUCCUAUCCUCAUCAUGGCUGAGCUCCGACAGGGGGGAGGGGCUGACCAAGAAGACCCUCAACGCUGCCAAGAAGAAUGAGAUCAGAAGCUUUAGAAAUAUUUUCCAGACCAGGACGUCGUCAGGCUUUAGAGAUCAGCACAUCUGGGUGUCCAUCGUAGACCCUCCCUGGCGUAGCCCGUUCACCCGAGCACAGAGGGUGUCCUGCUGCAUGAGCCUCCUGCUCUGCACCAUGGCCAUCAACAUCGCCUUCUGGAAGAUCCCCAAAAACCAGCAGUCUCCUGUCAUCUUCACCAUUGGGUCGCUGGAGGUCACUUGGGAGGAGAUCAUGGUGGGGGUGGAAAGCGGUUUGCUCAUGUUCCCCAUCAACAUCCUCAUCAUCACCAUAUUCCGCAGUAUCAAGUCACGAGUUGCCCAACCAAAGGAGAAGAACCACGAUAUGCAGGGCCUGAAACCCCUCGCUGUUACCAUGCCAACCAUUCUUAAGGACACAGAGGAGAUGGUGAAUCUGCUCUGUAAGAGCCAGAAGAACAAAGUGCCUGAGUUAGAGAAGAAGCUGGAGUCAUGCGAUGAACUUUGCUCAGCCUUGGGCAGAGUGCAAGGGGUCAUUCAGCUUAUGCAAGGGUUGAGUGAGGGUGACCCACACUGGGUCUACUGCAGCAAGUUUGUCCUGUACUUCCUCCACCACCUGUCCAUGUGCCUGGAGCGGCUGGAUGAGAGUGCCUUCCCCACCCCAGAGGCCCGUCAACACAUCCUGAACACCGUCCACCUGCUGCAGAAGAUGUCCGAGAUGGUUUUCACCAGCCACAUGGCUUACAGUCCUCCCCGUGUUGCUAGGGAGAAAAGGAAAAACUCAAGCUGCUGGCUGCCCUGGUGGUUUGUGUUUGUGGGCUGGUUCUUGCUCGUCUCCAUCAGUGUGGUGUCCACGUACUUUACCCUGAUGUAUGGCUUUGCCUAUGGGAGGGAGAAAUCCAUCCAGUGGGUUAUCUCUCUGGCCAUGUCCCUCUUCCAGAGCAUCUUCAUCCUGCAGCCUCUUAAGGUAAUUGGUAUGGCAAUCUUCUUUGCCCUCCUCCUCAAACCAGUGGCAGUAGAAGACAGUGAGGAGGUUGGACUACUCCUGAAAGAACAACAGGAGAUGUGUAAAUUGUACUCCGGUAGGGAGAUACACUGAAGAAACACAAUUUAGCUCUACAUGCUGUCUCCAGAGGAUUGAUGGGGUUGGAAGACCUGAUGCCCUACAACAGACAUCCUCUGCUCUGCUGCACUGACUAUCAACGUGGCAAACUGAGAAUAUGAGUUCUUUGAAAAUAUAGUUGUUAUGUUUUUAUUGAAUACUUGUUACUCUUAUCUUAUAAGAAAUGUAUAAGGCAUAAUAUGUAUGAAUGUACUGAAAACUACUGUAUCAUUUGAAAUUGUAAUAUUUAGUAAUAAGCUGAUAGUUAGAAACUUUUGUUCCUGUGGAUUGUAUGAAGUUACUCAAUGUAUGGAAUUACUCUGCUAUAUUUAUUUGAUCACAAACCGCUGAUAUAUUAUUUUACACUGUACAUUUAUAUUUACUUUUAAGUAACAUACAGUCACCUCCAAAAUCAUUGCCACCCUUGAUAAAGAUGAGAAAAAAAGACUAUGAAAUAAAUAAUAGAAAACCAGA